AUGAAAGAUAUAUCAUAUCUUGGAUGGAAUUUGUCGGUAAUAAAUUCUUUGGUAAAACAACUUGCUUGUGUUGGACAAAAGACGUUUUCCAUCAACGAAUAUAAUAUAGACGAAAAGAAUGGAAAAGUAAUUGAAAACAAAACAGGAAAGACGUUUUUGUUGAAAGACGUAAUAGAGAAAACGGACGAGAAUAUAACUCUUUGUCCUCAAACAUUUUUUUCUGACUGUGAAGCAUGGCUUAACGUCUCCAGACAUGAAUACGUCAUUCUUACUAACUUAACUUUAUACCACAAUGCAACGAACCGGAUGUAUCCUUUUGGAAAGUAUUACAUAAAAAGAAAUAACGACACUGCUGGUGAUGUUAAUGUUGACGAUGCAAAUAUCAGUUCAUUGAUUGACGAAUUUUCAAAAUCACUCAGAAAUGCAACAGUUUUUAUUUGUCUUCCAAAUAUACCUAUCAGCAUCAUCAGGUCUGCAAAUUACCAUGACAACCAUAAACAACCUUUGGAAAUUUUAACGAUGGUUGGGUUUAUUAUUUCCAUACUUUCUGUUCUCCUUGUUCUAAUAACUUACACAUUGUUCUCGGAACUGAGAACUCUUCCUGGAAAAAAUUUGAUGAAUUUGUGUCUGUCGUUGUUGAUAUAUCAAUCUGUUUGGUUGGUUCGUUCAUAUGUACAAGAAAAUGCAACUUCUUGUACCGCCAUUGGCAUCUUGGAACAUUACUUCAUUCUUGUGUCGUUCGUCGCCAUGUCUGUUAUUUCUCAUCACUCAUGCGUUGUUUUCUCGAAGAGCUUAAUCUCAGCAAGAAGAAGCGAAGGCGAAAACUGCGAUACCUUUAUAAAGUAUACAGCUGUCGUUUGGACAUUACCAGCCGCAUUUGUUGCUGUUUGUAUUGCACUGGACAAGACAGAAGUAUUUCCUAUCAACUAUGCUACUCUCUGUUUCUUGACGACUGAGCAUUCCAAGAUUUACUUGUUUAUAUUGCCAAUUGGCUUGUCGCUUCUUUUCAACCUCUCAAUAUAUAUUCGUACAGCAAUAUUUUUGGUAAAACAGCAGGAGUCCACGGGAGAGCUUCAUCAAAACAGAAAACAAAAUCUGAAAAUCUGCAUAAAAUUGUCUACGCUGACUGGUUUUCCUUGGAUUUUCGGAUUCUUACAUGCUGGUUUGGGAAAUAUCGUGGCAUUUGAAUAUCUUUUCGUCAUUUUUGUCUGCUUACAAGGAUUAUAUAUUGCAGUUGCUUUCUUGUGGAACACUAGAGUUCAUAAACUGUAUAAAAAUCGUUUUAACAAUGGGGACCAAAACGAUAACAAUGUACCACCAGUGCAGGCUCAAGUUAACACUGCCACAACAUUAUUUUAG